UGCGAUUUGAUAAUAAAGAGAAUAGACCUACUCGGUAAACAACACAAAACAUCACAGAAACGGCACUGCAAUAGUAGUUGCCCCACAUAUUAAUUCGGCAGUAAAAUCUUUCACUCCCCAUUCAGAUAGAAUGAUGCUUUUACAAAUUCGAGCGACACCGGUGGAUAUUAACAUAUUACAGGUAUACGCGCCAACGGCAGAUAAAGAUGAGGCAACCAGCGAAGAAUUCUAAGAACAACUGGGAAGCCUGAUGAAAAUGACAAAAAAACAUGAAGUAACAAUGGUGAUGGGAGAUUUCAAUGCAAAGGUUGGCAGAGGCAAGGUGAAUGAGAUCGUGGGAAACUUCGGCCUAGGGGAGAGAAACGAUAGAGGUGAUAGACUUAUAUGCUUCUGCCAGGAAUAUAACCUGCUGUUAAGUAAUACACUUUUCAAGCUCCCCAAACGUCGACUUUACACAUGGAAAUCCCCCGCUGACUUACUUGACAACAUCAUUAGAAAUCAGAUAGAUUAUAUAGCAGUAUCAACAAGAUAUAAAAACAUGAUAAAAUCAUCAAAAACGUACCCAGGUGCCGAUGUUCCUACGGACCACAAUUUGUUGGUAUGCAGAAUGGUCAUGAGAGUAAAAUGGCUCGAGAAAAGAUCUAAUUUAAACACAAUCGAUGUUAAAAAACUCACUAACCCAGAAACCGAAAUAAAAGUACGAGAACAACUAGGAAAGAAAAUAAAGGACAUUAACGAGAACACGGCGGACAUAAUAGAGAGAUGGGAUAAAUCGAGGGAAGCAAUCCAAACAACAUGCGCGACUCUAUUAAAGCGUGACCGACGGAAAAAUAAAGAAUGGAUGUCUGAUGAGAUAGUGGAUAAAAUGGAUGAAAGACGUAAAUUCAAGAAUAAAAAUGCAGAAAAAUACCAGCAGAUCCACAAAACCAUAAGAACGAAAAUUCGACAAGCCAAAGAAAAAUGGUUUUCCAACGAAUGCAGGGAAAUAGAACAAUACGAACGAAAAUACGACAGUUACAAUAUGCGAAAAAAAAAAAAAUCGUUGACAAACAAUAGGAAAUUCAAUAAGUCACCCAACAGCAUAAAAGAUAGCGAUGGAAAUCUUAUCUCGGAGCUAUCAAAGAUCUUAAAAACAUGGAAAUCAUACAUACAAAAAUUAUUUGCAUCUGACAGGACUGAUGAUCACCUAUAUGGAGAAGGAGAAACAGGACCUUCAAUCCUUAAAUCAGAGAUAGAAGAUGCCACUGCAGCACUAAAAAACAAUAAGUCAGCAGGUCCGGACAAUGUACACUGCGAAAUAUUAAAGAUCCUAUGUAAAUCAGACAAACAGUUCCUUGAUAAUCUAGUUGUACUUUUUAACAACAUAUAUAAUAGCGGUAAAAUCCCGGAGAACUUACUGCAGUCAACAUUUAUUACAAUCCCGAAGAAACCAAAUGCCCAGAUUUGUGAUGACUACCGGCUUAUAAGCUUGAUCAAUCAUGUCACUAAAGCGUUCACUAAGAUCAUUCAUAGAAGAAUAUAUGAUAAAUGUGAGUCAAAUAUUGAUAGAUCGUAGUUUGGUUUUCGGAAAGUACUUGGAACUAGAGAAGCAAUUUUCGCUCUCCAGGUGCUUAUACAGCGGUGUAGAGACGUUGAUAAGGACGUGUAUUUGUGCUUUGUAGAUUUUAGAAAAGCAUUUGACAAUGUCAAUCAUGAACAAUUGAUAGGUAUUCUACGAAAGACAGGUAUUGACGACAAGGACAUUCGAAUUGUGGCUAACCUAUACUGGGGUCAAACAGCAAGAGCAAAAGUUGGCAACGAACUCACUGAAAGCGUGCAGAUCAAAAAAGGUGUCCGUCAGGGGUGUAUAUUAUCCCCACUCCUAUUCAAUAUGUAUUCCGAGGAAAUAUUUAACAAAUGUAUGGAAAAUGCAAAUGAGGGCAUAAAAAUAAAUGGCGAGUUAACGAACAAUAUAAGAUAUGCCGACGACACGGUGAUCCUUGCCAGUACUAUAGACGAAUUACAACAAGUAAUGGAAAGACUUUAUUCAGUUAGUGAGGAAUACGGCCUGAGCCUCAACUUCAAGAAGACAAAGUGGAUGCUGAUAAGCAAAAAGCAACAACCUGCUCGACAAUUACGGAUACGUAACAUACUAAUUGACCAUGUAGAAUCUUAUGUGUACCUUGGCACCAACGUAAAUGCAAAAUGGGAACAGACCAUAGAAAUUAAGGCGAGAAUAGAACGAGCUAGAGCAGCAUUUAGCAAUAUGAGAAAGCUCCUCAUAAGCAAGGAUUUGUCUCUUCCCCUAAAACUACGUAUAGUUAAAUGCUACAUUUUUCCGAUCUUGCUGUAUAGCGUGGAGGCCUGGACGCUGACGGAGACGCUAACGAGAAAACUAGAAGCAUUCGAAAUGUGGGUGUACCGACGCAUUCUUCAUAUAUCCUGGACCGAACAUGUCACCAACAUAGAGGUACUCCAAAGAAUCGGAAAGGAGAAAGAAAUCGUGAAUACAAUUAAACAAAGAAAGCUUGAAUAUCUAGGCCACAUAUUGAGACACGAUAAGUACCGUCUACUACAAUUGAUUGUCAAGGGAAACUAGACAGUAAGCGAGGGCCAGACAGGAGAAGACACUCGUGGCUCCAAAAUCUGCGGAAGUGGUUCGGGCUCACAUCGGUCGAACUAUUCAGAGUUGCCGCAAACAAGAUCAAAAUUGCCAUGUUAAUAGCCAACGUUCGCAACGGACAGGGCACUUGA